CAUGUCCUUAUCUUAGAAAAAAACCCGCAAGACAUCAACACCAUAUUUUUCAUAUUUUUGUUUAUUGUGUUCGUUGGGGAACUCCUCGCUUCUCCAGCAUUUAGUUUGGCUAAUUCUGAAAUUGUGGACUACCUCGGGGAAAAUGGCCGCGAUUUUUGCAAGAUCCGUCUCUGGGGCCCAAUUGGGCACAUGAUUGCUGCUCCCAUCACAGCUGUAUUUGUCACUCAUUACCAUUAUGUGAUUUGUGGCGAGUAUCAAGACAACUUUGCUAUUGUCUUCGCUGUCACUUCUAUCAUGGCGAUGGCUUCGUUGAUAUCUGUAACGCAGCUGGGAGAUCAAACGAUCAAGCACAGCGACAACACCGAAGGAAAUGGCAACGGAAAGCCUUUGACUUUAUUUGAGUUCUUCUCUCGCUACCAAAAUUUCGUCUUCAUCUUCAUGACGUUCUUGAUUGGCUGUUUUGAUGGAGUUGUGUCAACGUUUGGGUUCUGGUACACCAAGACCUUAGACGUUACCAUCACCACUUUGGUGUUUGGUUUCUCACGGAUGACUAGCUCUGCGGUUAGUGUGGUGUUCCUGGGCUUGACAGGCAUGUGUGUGAAGAAGACUGGUUACUCUGGAAUCAUUGUGUUCUCCAUGAUGCUGUUUUUCAUUUGGUUUGUGGGAAUGUCUCUCAUGAAAAACCCAUGGCUCAUGCUUCUCUUUGAGACUAUUGGCUACACCGCUUAUGUAACUGGUUUUACAGGCGUGAUCAGUUACUUUGGUGAAGUAACACCCAGUCAUCUGAUGGACACAGUGCAAGGAGGAGUUAACUCUUUGUUUUUCGGCGUGGGUUGCGGCAUUGGAACUGCCAUGUGUGGCUUUUUCAUCGAUGCAUUUGGCGCCGAAGGGGCAUUCCGGGUGUUUGCUUCAGGUGAAGCUGUACUAUUAGUGCUGUUUGUCGUCAACCAAGUUACAUAUUUUUGUCUGAAGAAGAACGAAAAAGAAGAAAAAAGAAAGCUGUUGGAAUAACUUUUUAUGCGGGUCACAGGACUUACAGUAAACACUACGCCAUCUAAACUAAAAUUGGUGGAACACGCUGUCGCACCUCUUUAAUCAUAAUUUCACUCAGAAAGAAGAAA